AAGUAAAGAUAGCUAGUGGCUGGUGUCGUCAUCAGAUUCUUAGAACAAAUCUUUGUGGAUACAAAAAUACGAUUUGCCUUUGAAACCGAAUGCUUACGAAAACCUUUAUUCUUCAUUAUUUAUAUAUUUAUAUUAUAAUUACUACAUUUGCCUCCAUAUUCACCCACCCAUACACCAUUUCAUCACCUUCUCUCAUUGGGCCUCGAUUCCUGCUGUUGCAGAAGCUAAAUGACAACUGGUAUAGCUUCUGGAAGUGUCAAUCUACGGCUCAGGGAGACGGGUUGCUGGCAACCGAGUUUAUUCUCUCGGGCGGGCUUGCAGAACUGCUGCAAGAAGUUUCCAUGGUCACGCAGGGCAUGCGACAAUUUGCAAAUCAAGAGAUACGUUCAUCCAAACAGUGGAACUCGGAGACCCUUCCACACACUCAUAACAUCAAGCAUAAGAGAUCAUUCCACAAAGUAUUUUGACUUUGCCGUUAUCGGUAGUGGGGUUGCCGGUCUUCGAUACGCACUUGAGGUUGCCAAACAUGGCAUGGUUGCCGUAAUAACAAAAGCCGAGCCUCAUGAAAGCAACACCAAUUAUGCACAAGGUGGCGUUAGCGCUGUCCUGUGCCCGUCUGAUUCGGUCGAGAGUCAUGUGCAAGAUACAAUGGUUGCAGGCGCUUAUUUAUGCGAUGAGGAGACCGUCAGAGUGGUGUGUACAGAAGGACCCGAGAGAAUUAGGGAACUAAUAGCCAUGGGUGCAUCGUUUGAUCACGGAGAAGACGGAAACUUACAUUUAGCAAGAGAAGGCGGUCACUCUCAUCGCAGGAUAGUACACGCUGCUGAUAUGACGGGUCGAGAAAUCGAACGAGCUCUUCUCAAGGCAAUUGAAAGUGAUCCCAAUAUUUCGGUUUUCAAGCAUCAUUUCGCCAUUGACUUGUUGACUUCUCAGGAUGGGUCUGAGACGGUCUGUCAUGGUGUUGAUACCAUGAAUACAAAAACGCACAAGGUGCUACGGUUUAUUUCAAAGGUGACUUUGCUUGCUUCUGGAGGUGCAGGGCAUAUCUAUCCAUCCACUACAAAUCCACCGGUAGCUACCGGAGAUGGAAUAGCCAUGGCACAUCGCGCUCAAGCCAUAAUUUCAAACAUGGAAUUCGUACAAUUUCAUCCAACUGCACUUGCGGACGAAGGUCUCCCGAUCACACCACUCAAAACGAGAGAAAACGCGUUUUUGAUCACCGAAGCAGUGAGGGGUGAUGGGGGCCUUUUGUAUAAUCUUGAUAUGGAACGGUUUAUGCCGAUGUAUGAUGAACGGGCUGAGCUGGCACCAAGAGACGUUGUGGCUAGAAGUAUAGAUGAUCAACUUAAAAAACGUGACGAGAAGUAUGUUCUUCUAGAUAUUAGUCAUAAAUCACGAGACAAAAUUCUUUUACAUUUUCCUAACAUAGCUGCUGAGUGUUUAAAGUAUGGGUUGGAUAUAACGCGGGACCCAAUUCCUGUGGUUCCUGCUGCUCAUUACAUGUGUGGUGGGGUUCGGGCUGGGCUUCAAGGGGAGACGAAUGUUCGUGGUCUUUAUGUUGCAGGUGAGGUUGCAUGCACUGGAUUACACGGAGCAAACAGACUCGCUAGCAACUCAUUACUAGAAGCAUUGGUAUUCGCACAAAGGGCAGUGAAACCGUCAAUAGACCAUAUGAAAGGGUCCCACGUUGAUCAAACUAUUUCACGAUGGUGGGACCCACCCGUCAUCCCCAUGCAGCUAGGAUGCACCAUUCUAGACAAAAUCAUCAACCGAACAAAGGAAGUGCGAAAGGAACUCAAGUCGAUCAUGUGGGAGCACGUCGGGAUCGUGAGGUCCACGACAAGGCUAAUGGCGGCGGAGCAGAGGAUUGGGGAACUCGAACUUGAAUGGGAGGCGUACUUGUUCCAACAAGGGUGGGAACCCACGAUGGUUGGGCUAGAAGCGUGUGAAAUGAGGAACUUGUUUUGUUGUGCGAAACUAGUGUUGACCAGUGCGUUGACUAGACACGAAAGCCGUGGGCUCCACUACACGACUGAUUUCCCGCAUGUUGAUGAACGAUCGAGGCUGCCGACCAUCAUUGUCCCGUGCUCGAACAUGAAUAGAACUUGGAGUUCUAGACAACUUCACAAGCAGCAGAUAUGUUAGCAGAUGCUGAUGGGAACCAUUUUUGCUAACUAUUUAUUCAGUGUAAUAAAAUUCUAAAAAAGAAAGGUAAUUCCUUUUUCUUACUUUAUAUGUAACUUUAAUUAAAUGAAAUACAUUUUUAUAGAGCAAGAUUGUGAUGUUUAGAGAAUGUAA